GGGUCGUGCGCGUAACCCAAACCUCCCAGCCCCCGCCACGCAAUCUCAGCACUAACAGGCCUCUUAUCAGGCUGCCCAAACCACCCCCAAAACCCACCACAGCACCCCCAAAACCCAGCCCCAAACGGUCGUUUGCCGCCGAGCCCCUCAAGAUUUAAACCCCCCAUUUCCCCCUCGCCCCCGAAACCAAAAACCACGCCCAGGAUGUGGAGCUACAUGUUCGGCGGCAACAAGCAGCAGAAAAAGGAGUUGCCCAAAAAGGCCAUUGUGGAGUUGCGCGAGCAUAUCCAGAUGCUCAACAAGAAACGCAGCCACCUCGAGCUGCAAAUCGCGGACCAGGACCUGUUGGCCCGCAAACACAUUGGCACAAACAAGGCCUUGGCCAAGAACGCGCUCAAGCGGAAGAAGGGCUACGAGGAGAACUUGAUGAAAAUCGAGAACCAGAUCGACUCUUUGGAAACCCAGUUGACGGCCAUCGAGAGCGCCAACUUGAACUUGGAGACCAUGAAGGCCAUGAAGCAGGGCGCGUCUGCCAUGAAGCAGAUCCACGGCGAGUACGACGUCGACAAGGUGGAGACCACCAUGGACGACAUCCGCGAGCAGGUCGAGUUGGCCGACGAGAUCUCCGAGGCCAUCUCGCGGCCCGUGGGCACGGGCUACGUCGACGAGGACGAGUUGGACGCGGAGUUGGCUGCGUUGCAGGCCGAGGACCAGCAGGCGCGCGAGCUCGAGAGGCUGCCGGCGCCCAAGCACGCCGCGCCGUCGGCCCAGUCCUCGCGGCCGGUGCUGGCCUUGCCGGAGUUCCCGACAGUCAGCAAGAGCCAGCCCGAGACGCAGGACGAGGAGGACGAGGACGAGGAGGCGCUCCGGGCCUUGCAGGCGGAAAUGGGCCUCUAGGCGCCGCCGAUCCCGGGGCUCUGUGGGUGCCGGAAGGGCCCGGGAUCUCUGCGUAUGGAUAUGCCCCAGGUUUCUUUCUUGUCCUGUGGUGGCUCCUCAGGCGCCGAGAUCCGAGUUGACUCCCAGAUGCCGAGUUGAUUUCGAGACGCAAUGCCGAAGCGGAGGUGCGCUGGCCACGCAGAAUCACACGGCGCACUUUCGCUGCUGUUCUGCCACGC